AUGGAGGCAGAAGGCGUAGACGAGCUUCCUCUCACAGAGGCGUCGUUUCGGGCGCUCGAGGAGGCGUACGAGAGGCAGUGGUGCCAGACGCGGCUUCUGUGUGAAGCCCCAACGUCGUGCGCUGACGUUCAUGUCGUCGCCGCAGCUUCCAGCGCAGCUGAGCACAUGCGCCGCCUGUGGGCUGAUACAGUGCGACUCCAUAGACGGUUCGUCGAGGUGAAACAGCAUCGCGACCGUAGUUUCACGCAGGAGGAGCGGGCGUCUCUGCGUCUGCUCGGCUUCCGCUCACCGCCACCUGCCUCCAGUAGCGCGCUGACGCACACCAUGUCGCCAGUGCCAUCGCCUCUGCACACCCCUUAUGAAACAACCGCUUCUCGACAAGCGGGAGAGCUAGUUGCGUUACGCAAGGAAUGCGCGAGACUCCGACACGAGGGCGCACAGUUGCUGUCGAUCCUGGCAUGCUACCAGCUCCGCGAGGCGCAUGCUCUUGGGUUGGACAAUGGUGCAAGGAUUUCCUCACCUUCACAGGGAACAUCUACCUCCGCCUCCGACGCCUACGCGGAGCUCGCGGAGGUGCAGCGCCAAUACAGAUUGCUGCUCUCCCCAACAGCAGCGGAGUACACUCUCACCCCGCUUGACGGCGUUCAGCGGGCCGAGGACGUGGCCAUUGCAGAAGUGCUCGUCGAGUGCGGGUUUCCUCGCCACGUGAGCGUUGUUCGCCUUGGGCCAGAGGGCCUCUUUCUCAUCGAUCGCCCGGUGUGGAUCGGCUUUGCGUCUCCGCAGAGCGCCACGCUGAUGGUGCGCGACCCCGAAGGGCUCCAUCAUGGUUGCACGCUGGAGUCGUACCUCACGGCCGUGUAUGCACCGCUCCUUCGCGCUUUUCACUGGCAAAAGCCUUCGACGGGAGCGCAGCUGGCUGGAGGGAGUGCAGCCCCGACCAGCUCAGCGGCACUGUCCUUCCCGGCCGUCCCUGUUACGCCUGCGCCACUUCCCGAUGCGGUAAAACGGGAGAGAUCGCCGUCGACUCGGCAUUCUGUGCUGUCCCAGCUGACGUACGAGGAACUUGUGGAGCUCAAGCACACAACGCUGCCACGCCUUGGCCGCACCAGUGAGGCUGCUUCACCAUCGUGA